GUGGAUGAUAAUGACGAUAAUAAUAAUAAUAAUAAUAAUAAUAAUAAUAAUAAUGAAAAUCCUUUAACUAAUGUAACUGAUGUGGGAAAUGUGGCUGAUGUUUCUUCUGAUUGGUCUCGCUUAACAGAAUUUGAUAGUCCAGUUUAUGAUGAACUACCAACAGAUUUACCAACAGAUUUAUAUUUUCCUUUAUCUUCUUUACCUUUUACAUCUCCCGUAUCUUUUGCGUCUCCCGUGCCUUCUGUAUCUCCCAUACUUUCUGCAUCUCCCGUAUCUCCUUUAUCUCCUGUAUUUCCUAGUUAUUCAUAUUAUGAUGUAAAUGAAAAUAGUUGGUGCAAUAAUUUAGAAUCUUAUAUUGAAUUAUAUGAUUUAAUCGAUUUGCAUGGUGAUAUCUGAAAUUCCAUAUUUGGUUAAAAAAACGUUAGCGAAAAUAUUUUCGUGAUUUUCAUUUUUUCGAAUUUUUUAGGCUUAGGCUCAUAUUUUAUUUAUCGGAUUUGUAAU